GGAAUGAGCAAAAUACUUUGUUUUUCUUUCCUUCAGACUCCGAGGUGUUAAAAAAAUUGACUAAAUCCACUCCGGAUUUACUUCGGGUUGUUUCAGAAGACUGGAUCUACACGUUUCAGUAUUUGUUUCACUCUGACAGGGAAAGAGAUGGAACCUGUGAAAUGAAGUUUUAAACUGGCUGCAGCAAAAUGUCCUCUCUUCUGAUAUUCAGUUUAUUUGUUUCGCUCCUUCAGUCUGGUUUCACCCAAAAAAAUCCAAAACAUUUUUAUAUUUUUGAUAAGAUAGAUAAAAUUGUCUUCACUGGACUGGACAUUCCUGGAAAUGGCCCUGUUGGCUGGGAUUGGAAACCAAGCUACAAGCAAGGCACACAACAACUUGUGACAUUUUAUAAAGAAGGAUCCAGAGGGUGGAACCCACGUUGGGAAAUACACUUCAAACACGAUGGCAUCUUUCAUGCUAUGGACAGUACGGCUGGUACCAUUGAUCUGAUAAUUACUCAGCCCACAUCUAAAUUUGCAGGAUCUAUCAUCUUGGUGCAAAGAGAGCCCAGUUAUGAAAUCUUGAAGCAAUAUGAAAUUUUUGGGAUCAAAGUUGUAGCAAAUCCACGAUCACCUGUAAUGGGCAGUGACGUCACCCUCAGCUGUACCAUCUCCAGACUCCCAGAUACCGUCGGUCUCCACUGGAAACCAGUGGGCUCAUCCCAGCAGAACAGGAGAAACACUGAUCAGAUCCGCCUGAAUAACACCGUCUAUCUGAUUGUCCGACACGUUACAGUGGAGGAUGGAAGGUUGUAUCAGUGUGAAGUACAGGAAAACGGAAACAUUGUUGGAACAGGGCAAGCAGACUUUACUGUAGACAUGGAUCGAUAUGAUAAACGUUACACACUUUAUCGCUCAGUUACGGAUCACAGUGAAUUCCAACUCAUCUGUUACAGUCAUUCUGUUUACAACAGUGCUGCCUGGACUUGGCUGUCACAUGUUCAUCAAAGUCCGUGGAAAACAAUUGCAACAGCAUUGAAAUCUCAGCCCGUGAAUGUCAGUGAGAACAACUUUGUGAAUCGACUGAUGCUCACAGAGACACCUUUUAACGGCUGGAAUUUCAGUAUGAGGGUUUUUCCUGUGGUGUUUGAAGAUGCAGGAGAUUACACCUGUACUCUGGAAACAAGUGUAUUUAGCACUAUCACACUAAUCACAGUUAAAGUCACGGCUGAACCGUCUGAUACAGUGACUGAGGGAGACACCGUUACCCUGAGCUGCUCUGUGUCUGACGUCACUGCAUCAUCCAGACUGGUUUGGAUCAACGGAGACGGUGAAACUGUUGGAGACAAAACACUGACUGGGGAAGAGAAAUCACUGAGUCUGAUCGUACAGAAAGCUGAGAGAGACAGAGGAAAAUGGACAUGUGGUGUUGUUGAUCAGAACACUCUCCAGCUUUCAGUACCAUAUAAUCUGGAAGUCAGAGAUAACUACACCAAUUAUUAUUAUUAUUGGAAGUCUAUUAUUGGAAGUCUAGUUCUUCUAGUUCUUCUUCUCAUCAUUAUCCUGGGACUGGUGUUGUGUUUGAAGAAAUGCAAGAGUAAAGAUUCAGGAAAUCAAACACAAAAGCCUCUGCAAACAGGUGGAAAUAAAGAAGAAACAUCUCAUCUUUAUUCAAAUGCUGUUGAAGUCCAGCAAAUGCAAGGAGAUCAGACACCUGUAACUGAGACCAGUCAUGUAGCUGAAUAUAUGUCUGUCGAUAACCAGUCAAAGCAAAAAGAUACAGAGAAAACUAUUCAUUAUGGGGAUAUAUACUUCAAAAAUGAAUCAUCAGAUAGCAGACAUGUCAUGCAGGGCAGUAACAAAUCAUCAACUGUUGAUGUUGGUGAUUCAAAGGAUGAUCAACGUGGUAUCAUCUAUGCACAAGUAGCACAAGUAAUAUGAAUAAACUCAUAAACACAAGAAAUCCUGCAGACGCUGGAAAUCCAAAGCAACGUAAACAAAAUGCUGGAGGAACUCAGCAGAUCAAACAGCAUUCACGGAAAUGUUUUGGGCCAAGACUCUUCUCCAGGACUGGAAAAGAAGGUGGAAGAUGCUGAUAUAAAAAAGUGGGGGGAGGAGAAGAAGGAUGGCUGGAAGGUGAUAGAUGAAGCCAGCUGGGUGGGAAAGGGAAAGGGAAAGGGCUGGAGAUGAAGGAAUCUGACAGGAGAAGAGAGUGGACCAUAGGAGAAAAGGAAGGAGGAGGAGUACCAGUGGAAUGUGAUAAGCAGGUGAAAAUCAGAUUGGGGAAUUGAAGAAGAGGGGAAGGGAAAAAUGUUUUACCACUCUUCUCUCCUAUCAGAUUCUUCCAUCUCCAGUCCUUUACCUUUCCUACCCACUUGGCUUCACGUAUCACCUUCUAACUAUCCUCUUUUCCCUCCCUCCAAUAUUUUUUUUUCUGGCAUCUUCCCCCAUUUUCAUUCCAGUCCUGAAGAAAGGUCUUGACUCGAAACACCAGCUGUUCAUUUCCAUGAAUGCUGCCUGACCUGCUGAUUUCACCCAACAUUUUGAUAUGAGUGAACUGUUCAGAAUAUAAACCAAAAUUUUGUAAUUGUAUGUUUUCGGGAUUUGAAAUCUUUCCCUUGGAACUGUUCUGUACAUGUUUUUCAUGGGAGUCUGUUCUGAGAUAACAUUAUUCAAAGAAAAUCCUCAAUUUAUGAAAAAUUUCGUGGCAGUAAGAAUUUUUUUUGAGUUUGAAAAUAUUUUCACAAUUGCUGAAGAUGCUAUGUAAAAAUGCAACUCCAUUAUGCAAACUAUUUUGAACAUUAGUGGUGACUUUACAAUUGACUCAACAAAUAUUUCAAAAUUGCAACUUUUUAUGAUUUAAUCUGAGCAUGAAAAACACAAGCUGUCAGUGAUAAGGGAGUGCAAUACAUUCUGGGACAUUGUGCUAUUUACGUUGUCCACACUGGAGUGUCAAAAAUGUAAAAAUCACCUGCAGAUUAUUCCAUUGACCCACCUUCAAAGUAGCUCUAAUUGAUCAGCUCGUGAUGUGUAAUUUGCAAGGCAAAAAACAAGGAAACAGCACAGCUGCCCAAGAAUUAUCAACUAUUUGCACAGUACAGUGUUGUUGCAACCUAAAAAGCCAGAGCAAUUUCUAGAUUUCCAUGGAUACCAACCGAAAAGGGCAAUUUCUAGAUUUCCAUGGAUACCAACCGAAAAGGGCAACUGGCAGAAGGUGAAAGGCAACCAGAUGAAUAUUCAAGUGUCAGUCCCUGAAAUAAAAAUAAUCACAUAUUGCCAAUAUUUAAAUGUACAUAAGGCAAUUUCCAUUUAAUUUCUUGGAGAGAAGGCAAGUUCUUUUUUGUUUAAGAGAAAGAGAGAAAUUAAAGAGAGAAAAUAAAACUUUUAAAAUAUUACCUCACUAAAAGAAGGAUGCAUUUCUUUUUUACUUUACAAGGUAAUAAUUUUGAAUGGUGUUUUUUCACAUUUUUUGAAGCUGAAAAACAUACUGUCGGUUACCAUGUUUUUAAUAUUUAUAAAAUAGUGAAAUUAUAAAGGAAAUUUAAAAGUAGAAAAUGCUCAAAGGCUUGAAUACAACAGAAUGAUUGCUCUAGAAGGACAAGAGAAAAUUAAAGGAAAAUGAGGAAGUAUCAAGCAUCAGAGUUGGUGAUUGGUUUAUUAUUGACACCUGUACCAAGGUGCAGAAAAACAUUUUGUUUGCAUGCUGUUCAAUCAGAUUAUUCUAGAUGUAGGGAGUAUAUGUUAAAAUAAUCAAAAAGAUCAGAAUGCAGAGGCUGAUGUGAUUUCAGGAUUUCUCAUCAAUAUUAGAGGUGUCUUUGCUUCUUGAUGAGAAUUUACCAAAUGUAGUAUGGUAAAAGCAUUAUUAGAUGUGAACAGUAUUUGUUUCUUUAAGGCUCCUACCCCUUUAGAAGUCAUAGGACUGAGUGCUCUCUGGGUUGCAACAAAAUGUAUGUAAAAUUUUGAAGCAAUUAAACUUUUAAUAAAUGUA